GGUUCUAACUGGAUUGAGUCCUUGGUUGCCUGGGUAUUCUUCAGGCUUUGAGGGUGGAGGGAAGAAUUGCUUCCCAUCAUACAGCUCCCCAGGGCCCCUAUCUCAGAACUGAAUCUCAGGCAACAGGGCCCUCUCCUACCCCUGGAGGCCAAGGAAAGAGUGUCAGGGAGAGUAAGACACAACGUAAAGACCAAACACCCUCCCUGCUCCCUCCCUGCUCCCUCCCUACUGCAGCUCAGCAACUUGGAGCCUUGACCUGCCUCAAUAACUACAUAACUACGAUCCAUUGUAGUUGGACCACCACCCUACCAAGACAAGGCACCGUCCAUCAACUCCUCUUCACCAGCAACUUGGAAGCACAUGAAAACUACAGCUGCAUCCUCCAGAUGGGCACCUGCACACUAGAACUCCCACCAGACAAAGUACUGACAGUAUUUGAUGAGUUCACCAUCAAUUUCCAUGUCAGUGUAUCUGGAGUGGACCUGGUGUAUCUGUUGGACCCCAAGUAUCUGCCCAGGAAGAACAUCAAGCUCGAUCCUCCCUCCAACCUGCAAAGCAAUGUCAGCUCUAGAGGCUGCGUCAUUUCCUGGAACCCUCCAAUCGAAGAGCUGUACAAACUCCUCAGCUAUGAACUGGCCUUGAGGCAGUCUGGGGAAGCCUGGGAGCGGGCAAGACAUAAAGAUCACAUUGCGGGGGUGACUGUGGCCACCAUUGAAGCAUUUGAGUUUAGCCCUGGCUUGACCUAUGAGGCCCGGCUGCGCUGUCGUCUGGGCUCCCAGGAAAUAGGUGAACCUUUGGGUGACAAGGAAGAAGAUUUCAGAUACAGGAGCCAAUGGAGCGAGUGGAGUCCAGUCCUGCAGUUCCAGUCUCCCAGCUCUCUAGGUGUCUCCCCCCCAACCCAAGAAGGCUCCACUAACACGAUCAUCAUUUUCUCCCUGCUCCUUUUCCUGAUCAGCCUGCCUUACAUCCUUUUCAAGCUAUUUCCCAGAGUGAAGAAAACCUUCUACCAGAAUGUUCCCUCACCUGCAGCUUUCUUCAGGCCCCUCUACACUGUACAUAAUGGAAACUUUCAGAUGUGGGCCAGAUCUGACCUCCUUGGUCCCCAGCUCAGAAGGCAGGGGACCAUGGAUAGGAGGGUCCUGACCAGAGAUGAGCUCUUGGGACUCAUAUUCCAAGAGUCGAUUUCUCACCUCACCUGCUUCCCAACGAAGCCCAAGAAGGUAGAUGUCAUGGAAGAGGAGGAUCCCUGCAAACCCAGAGGACCUCCUGAAGAGGCAACCCAGCAGGACCCAGAGUCUAAGUACCUCAGCGUUGAAGAGCUGGAGACUUGGCAGCUGCCUGGGGUGGUGAUAGACAGGCAUGGUGAUAGUGGUGAUGGUCAGGGCCACCUAGACUUCCUUGGAGCCAGCCAGGCUAGCUCAUUAGCUGUGGGAUACCUUCCCAUUUACCUGGAGGAAGAGGAUCAGCGCCUGGAGAGCUGCUCCGCCAGCAACAGUGAUUACUGUACCCUGAGUGGCAGCGAGAUGCCCCAGGCCUUGGUGCCUGCUGGAGAGCUGCAGGGCCCAGUGCCCAGCAUGGGUCAGUGACUCCCUAGUCUUCCCAGAGCAGGCCCCUUCCUGUGGCCCACCAACAUUCAGGUAGCCCUCUCUAGCCAGCACAGAUGACUCCUGUGUAACAAUGUCAACUUUUAAGUGGCAAUGGGAACAGACACCAGAGGCCAACAAAGCUUGCCCAUCUCUCCAGGAGCCAUAGAUUUCUGCCAGGUGGUAGGAAGCACCUAUAAACACUCCCUCACCUCCCUACUUUCUUCUAGAGUGGAGUAUGAGUGCCUCUACCCAGCCCUCCAAUCCAUCAAGAUGGCAUCCUAGGCCCAACCCCCUUCUACUCUUCCUUUUGUACCUUUUUAGUCAAAACUAAUUCAAAUGAGUUCAGCCUGAUAGACCUUUAUUAAGCCUGUGUGCGUAGCAUUAAACUCUUAGUAAAAUGGACCCAAGUUUCGGCAAGUCCCUGCAUCCCAAACUGGGGUCAGGGGUCUUGCUCCCAACUCUAGGCCCUGCCUCGUCCUUCCUCAGCUAAUUCUUCACUUCACUUCAACCUUUAUGAAGCACCUGUGGGGGUCAAGGCACUGGCAAUGGGGAUAUAAGGACAAACAAAUGGAUGGCUUAUUCCUUGCUUUUAAGGCCUUGUCUCUUCCACCACUCCCAGUGAGUCAGAGCAGGCGGGAGAAAGGAGCUGUGCUGGUUUCAUCCCUGACCCUGACCACAUCCCCAACCCACAAGCCUUUACACAUACGGGGAAGGGGAUAGAGGAUGCAGGGUUGGCAGGUAUCCUGUAGGGGUUUACACCCCUUCAAGGUUGAUAGAGUAGAAAGGUACAAUGCUGCCGCCCCUGAGCUCCUUCUCACAGACCCUUCUUUCUUUCCUUUUCGCUUUCUCUUUUGCUGUCCUAUUCUCUUCCUUUCACUGAUCCUUUGGUCUCAGGUCUACCAGUUGCUCCCUCUGGUCUCUGGGUUGUACAUGUUAUAAAUUCUAUUCUGACCCAUUGUCACUCAAGGCCCCUGACUCAAUUCUUGCUCUAAGCCCCCACUGUCCCCUGUCCAGCCCAUUCUUCUGCACAGUUCCCUCCAGGACCAAUAUGGAAGAGUGCAGAGGUUCUUAACUGGAAGUCCAUGAACUUAUCAGUUAUACCAUUAUCAAUAUUUCAACGCAAUUUGCUUCGUUUGU